AUGAGACAAAAUCUAACGCUUUAUUUAUAUUUCAUAUUAGUUUUAUUCACUGGACAAGUGCUCUCAAUAUGUAUACCACCAAAUCAUUGCAUAGAAGAUAUGGAAGCAGCCGAUGCAAAGGAACGUUUUGAUUACGUUCGCAACAAGUAUGAGGAGGUGGAAAUGAAAAUUACCGGCGAGCCUGUUGGUUUGCAAGGAAAAUUGGUAACCCAUGGCGACAUAGAGGAGCAGCAUAUAGUGUUUCAGUACAUGGACAACACUCCACAUGACAUUAUCCAGACGUGCGCAUUUGUGGUCACCAAUGCGCCCGGUCAAUGUGAAUCGAUUCAGACAUUUUGUUCGGGAUUUCUAAGCCGCAUGCCGCGUCCUCUGCUGGAGCGGAAACCAUUGACCGUUUGUGAGGACGGGGUACGUGAAACGGAAGCGGAAACCGAAGCCACCGCAGAGACAGAGAACGAUGACAAUGAGGGCCUGGGUGAAACAACAGCGGAAACAUUGCCAUCUCAGCAGGAACAGCAGACCACCAAAUUGACCAAAGACAGUGAAUUAAUUUGACUCCAAUUCGAUGGACAAUUUCUAAUUGCCAGCCUAAAUAUAUGCUCUAAUAAAUUUUCUUCUGA